AUUUUCAAUCACAAAAAUAAUACAACUGCUGCUGGUAGAGCGAGACAGGCAGCAUGGCAGAAAAUUGCCGAUUCAGUCAACGCGGUUAAUCCAUCUGGAGUAAAACGAAGUUGGCUGCAGGUCAAGGUGAAAUACAAGAACAUGGUACAAACAGCCAAAAAAGCAGAUCGGCGGAAGACCACGCUAGGCCCACUGCAACCUGUCUUUUCUGCUGCAGAGGACCUGAUGGCUGAAACCCAUAAAUUCUGUUCCACUAUAGACACUAUCACAGAGGAAACCUCUUCCACAGAACUCAAGUCAACACUCUCCUGCUCAAACUUUGUGAGAGUGCUAGCAAACCACAUGACAUCAGAGGAGAUCACAGCAGAAUCUGGGUCCGAAGUGUCAUUGAAUAAUGCACCAGUCGUAUACAUUGACAAUGCUGAAGAUAUCACGUCAGAUUCGUCUAUACAUGAGGGUCCAGGCAUAAACGAGACCUCACCUGAGGCCACACCAUCCACUUCCAAAACAUGGGACAGAGAGGGGGACAAAAAAAGAAGGCCCUCAAAUGUCAAAGUGAAGGACUUGUAUAUGAAAUACUUGCAACAGGAGAUUGACUACAAGAGAUUAAAGAUGCAAAAGAUGUCCUUGGAGAUGAAAUUACUUGAGAAACAAUUAAAUUGCCUCGUUGAAGCAGCUCUCUGCGCCUGGUUUAGGAUUCAGGUAUGGCGUCAUCAAGAAUGGAAGACAGGGAUACUCAUUAUCAGCCACAAGCUGCCCAUCAAAACAACCUGAGAAGUAAGGGAGGGGUAUGAUUGCUGGUCUGUGGUGAUGACGAUCAGAAGUGGUGUGGACGCAUGCUCCAGUGAAAAGAGUUUGGUAUGCUGAGUGCCACCGUGAGACUUCUAUCUAAAUCUCAAACAGGGCGGCGGGGUUUCACAUUCCUUUAGCAUCACAUCCCCACUGAUGCUUACCAGAAAUGUGUUAAUUUAAGAAGACGCAACCAUUCAGUCUAUGGCACAAAGUUACAGAAGUUCACAUUAUACAAUUUAUUACAGGGUAAUUACAUUGUUAUGCCAGUGUGUGGCUGAAAAAUCUUGUUCGAAGGGGUUUAGGAUUUAGUUAUUUGAGAUCCAGUUCAUGUAGUUUAAGUAUUGAUUGCCUAUCACUAGUUAGUACAUGGGUGUGACAGAAACAUUUGCAAAUGUAAUGAAAACACAUUAUUUCACAUAUUGAGUAUUAUUUAUAAACCUUGGAGACAAAACAUGAAGCUGAGCAAAAGACAACUAUAGCAGAAGGAAGUUGAUCAGAUUGAUAUGGGAGAGAUGGUGGGAGUGUACUAUAUUCUAUUAGUCCAAUGAUAAUACAAUACCAUCACACUGACGGAUGAAUGGAGAACAGCAUAGAAAAACAUAGUGGAAUUUGUAACAGUGUCACAAAAGCAAUCCACUCAUCGUAAUGAUUUAAUCGUAAACCGUGAGGCACAACCCAGCUCAAUUUGAGACCAGACAUGCACAGACCACAGCGGAGUGUCCUUCCCCGUUGUUAUUAUAGAGCGAGUAACUCAGCUGGGUGGAGAAAAAAACAGUACGUCUCAUAUCCUGUUAUUUUUAUUUUAUAUUUUUCUUUCUGCAUUGUUGGGAGGGGUUCGUAAGUACGCAUUUGGAAUUUGCAAAUAAAAGCCAUGGGAAUUGUC